AUGGGCCGCAAGCAUGGCGACGGCGUUGACGCGCACUACAAAAUGUGCAAGAAGAUUGCCCAACUGACAAAAGUCAUCUACCAGCUGAACACGCAGAAUGAGGACUACGACGCAAGGAACGCAGAGCUGCGCCAAAGGCAAGAGGAGGAGUUGCGUACGGUCUGUAGCGAGGCAGAGGGGCGUGUGGAGGAGUUGCGGAAGGCCUUUCUUGAGGAGGAGGAGAAGCGAGCCGGUGCGAUGGAGGCAAUGCAACAGAGGUACAGGACUGAGCUGAAGGAGGCAAAAGAUGCGUUUGCACGGAAGACUGCCUCCAUGGUGGACGAGCUCUCUACCAGCAAGGCGCGUUUCGAGGAGGUGGUGGCCGAGGUGAAGGCGAAGGCAAUGGAGGAGGCUGUUAAGGCGUCCGCGGCGAGCGCAGCGGCGGCAGAGGCGGCGCACGCAGCAAAGGAGGAGGAGCUAGAGAGGCUGAAGGCGGCGAAGGAAGAGGAAAUUGCCAACCUAGUACGUGAGUAUAACGAGCGGUAUAAGGCAAUGUUAGCGGAGCAAAUGGAUGCCAGAGAUGCCUUGGAAGAGCAAUCGCGCCAGCUGCAGUCGCAGUUUGAUGCUGCCGCCACGGCCCACGCCGAGGAAUUGCAAAUGUGGUCUAGUAAAUUACAUGAAGCAAACGAGGUUGCCACACGCGCCUCAGCCGAGUUGGAGCAGUGGAAAGAAACCUGUAGGUCUCGCGAGGCGGACGUAAACAGGCUGCAGCAGGACUGUGACACUUUGCGUAGUCGUCUUGAUGCCGAGAAGAACUCUCUUGGUGUCUCGCGUGACGUCGAGGCUACACUGCGUCAGGAAGCGGAAGAGUUGCGGGCGCAGCUAAAAGAAAUGCAGGUAGAACGUAAUAAACUGGAGCGGUCGCUAAGCGCGAAGACAGCGGAGCUCGCCAAGGCCAUGUCGGACAUAACGGACUUAGAAAACCAAAAAAGUUUCCUGGAAGCGCAACAAAAUCAGCUGUCGCACAACGCCACUGAUGCUGGGAAGAGGAACCAGACAUUGAUGAGUCAAGUGGAUGCACUUGAGCGUCGCGUGAUGGAGCUGCAGGAGGCGGUAAAUGAGGCAGAGCGAGAAAUUCAGCGGCGCACUCUAGCAGAACGCGCCCUGGAAGAACGCUGCGAGGAGCUACGACAACGUGCUGCUGAACGUGCCAAGAAACAUCAGGACGAAAUUGCGGCGCUUCAAGCGAUGCAGGAAGCGACUCUUGCCGAGCUCCACGCGGCGUCGCAGAGGUCAAAUGAUGUGGUUGCAUCCCAGUAUCGGAGUGAGAGGGAUGCUUUGACAAGUUGCCACAAGGAAGAGCUGCGGCGGCAGCAGGAGCAGCAUAAUAGGCAGAUAGAAGAGUUGAGAGGAGAACAUGAAGAUAUUCUCUCGGGUCUUCGUGCUCAGCUGGCAAGCGCUGACGCUCUUGGUGUGGAUCUCCGUGCAAGCGUGGCGCAGCUGCGGGAACAGGUCGACACACUUGAGGCGGAGUUGGGUAACGCACGGAAUGCACUGCAGGAGGCUGCCAGACAGCAAAAAGACUUGAUUGCGAAAUAUGAGGCAAGUGUAUCUGACACUGCACAGAAAGUAGCAGAGAUGGAGGCGACAAUGAACGCCAAGCUGGAUGCCGAGCGGAAGGGGCACAUGGAGAAGACGCGUUCGCUUGAAGCGGAGAUCGCAUCGCUGCGCAGACGGCUUCAGUCCGGCACAGAGGCGAGUGAACGAAACUGGGAAGACAAAUAUAGGACACAGGCGGAGCAGUACGAGAGCCAGUUGGAGCAACUUCGGCAGGAGCACAUUGAAAACGUGAAGCAUCGCACCGGGUUGCACGAUGCACAUGUGGCAAAAAUAGAGGAGAUGCAAAAGGAGGAGAUUCGCAAUCUCUUGGAAGCGGCUAAGCAGAGGCAAGAGGCGGAACGCAUGGAAUUUCUAAACGCGCGGAAGGCGUUUGCUGCGCAGCUGCAAGGGCGUGAUGAGGAGUUGCGACGACGCGGUGAGGAGUUGCGGCAGGCGCAAGACCAGAUGGACGCCUUGCGGCACGGUGCGAAGGAUCAGGCAAAUCGGUUUGCGGAGGAGCUACGGGCGCAGAAGGAGUACACUGCAAGACUUACCGCCGAUUGUGAGCGGCUGCAAGCGGAGCUCGAAGAGUCCAAUAAGGCGCUUCAGGCCUCACGUGAGGGGUGCACCAGGAUGGAGAAGGAGGCGCGGGUGUGGGAGGGCCGGGAGCGUGACGUCCGUCAGACGCUGGGACGCCUGGAGGAGGCCUCCGAUCGAUCCCGGAAGGAGGUGGAGGCGCUGCACAGGGAAUACGUCGCUAGUAUGGAGGCGAAGAGCGCACGGAAGAUGCAAUCCGCCUUGGCAGAGCUCCGCAUCGCCAUGACAGCGGAGCGCAAUGCGAUGCAACUGCGGGCAGAUGAGGCAAUUGCGGCCUUGCGGCAAAAGUGCGCCGACCUGCAGGGUGAAGCGAAGAGUUUAAGCCUGAAGCUAGACGCAGCAAUGCACGAUCUUCGGAAGUCCAAGGAAGAGCUCGAGCGCGAGCAAAGCAACAGGGAAGUGGAACGUAGUGAGUUUAACACCACCUUGCAGGCGUUGCGGCGCGAGUUUGAAAAUGAACAGGAGAGGGCGCGGCGCCUCAACGAGAAUCAUUUGAACGAAGUAGCGACCACGCACAAGCUGCUUAUUGAUGACUUGAUGCAGCAACACGAGGAAGAGCGAAGGGCACAGGACAGUGUUAUACGGGAACUGCGGGCGGCGCUCGAGGAUCUGCGGUAUCGCUACGAGUACCGUGAGUCGAGGGGAGAGGAUGUGGCGAUGAUCAACCGUCUCAUGAAGGAGUUAAAACAGAAGGAGCAGGAGAUGGAAAAAGUUGUACAAGAUAUGAAGAUGUAUAAACUAGAGCUUCUCAAUCGCGAAGAGAACUAUAACAAGGUCUUUGGGCGACGGCCGCUUGUCGCUGUAAGCGCUUCGGCGGAUAAGGCACCACGGUUGCAGCAGGGCGCGCGGGAGCGUGGGGACAUCUACGACAGGAGAGUAACGUAG